AUGAUCUUGCUUCAGCUCCUAUCCCCUGCCCUCCUGCUAGGCGUGGUUAAUGCUGCCGCCAUCGAGAAACGCUGGACCAACGGAGGCUCUUCCACCGGGACUACAGACCCGAAUGUCUCCAGCAGCUAUUACUUUGGCAUCACUAUCGCCCAGUUGGUGAACUGGAAUCCAUCCUUGUCAUCAACUGACUCCUCAACCACCACGAAUAAUUCAGGAAAUACCCCCUCGCCAACCCAGAGCGGCCUAAUCUCUACCUGUAACGCCUUCUACAAGGUCCAGGUGAAUGAUAUCUGCUACGACAUAGCAAGCUAUUAUGGUAACUUUACAUUGGAUCAAUUCUAUGAAUGGAAUCCUUCCGUCAAGUCCGACUGCUCAGGACUCCAGGCUGGCUAUUACGUCUGCAUUGGAGUCGCUGCGUCUUCUACCACCGUCGCAACAGCUGAUCCUGCAACCACCACGGCGGCGACCACCACUACCCCAAACAUCCCACAACAGUCUGGAAUUGCAAAAGACUGUAAUAAGUAUUAUUUUGUGAAGCGUGGUGACACCCGUCCCGAGAUCGCUUCGGAGUAUGGCAUUGGUCUGUCUACAUUCUACCGCUGGAACCCAGCUGUUGGUCCAGAUUGCAGAACACUUAUCUCUAGCUAUUAUGUUUGUGUUGGCGUCUCUGGUUCAUUAUCCCCAACCACCACCGCAACUGACUCCACAGGCCCAUCUCCCACCCAAGACGGCAUCACCCUAGACUGCGUUAAGUGCCAUAAGGCUGUGGCCGGCGACAACUGCUGGUCCAUUGUUCAUGACAAAUACACAUACCUCACAUCCGACCAGUUCUAUGCCUGGAACCCUGCUGUGGGCAAAUCAUGCGCCCACCUACAGCUUGGAUAUUACUUCUGUGUCGCUACGAAGACGGCUCAGCCGAUGCCGGACACCAUUGGUACUUGCAAAAAGUGGCAUAAAGUUGCCAAGGGUGAUAGCUGUUGGACAAUUGAGCAGAAAUACUCCAUUACUGUAAAGCAGUUUUGA